CUUACCCACCAGCUCGUGCUUUACUUCGCCUUCACUUCUGUAAGGUUUUGUGCUCGUCUGCUGGGCCGACAUGAGCACAAGCGAACGUUUCCCUUUCUCCUUUAUAUUCAGAGAGAAGAAGGGGUCACCGGGUGAUAACCCUUACCCACCAGCUCGUGCUUUACUUGGCCUUCACUUCUGUAAGGUUCUGUGCUCGUCUGCUCGACAGACAUGAGGCUGCUCAGGGGACUCCAAGAAGUUGGUGUCCUUGAGCUUCAGACAGCUCAACGCAGCUCACUGUCACGUGCCCACCAAUUCGUCAAUGAGUGGGAGCUUAAGGGCAUGGUGGUGGCCAGCUUCUCCCUGCAACUCUUCCUCCUCUUCUUCUCCGGCUUCCGCAAGCGCUACUCUUCCCGAGUACUCAGUGUGCUGCUGUGGCUCGCCUACCUAUCGGCCGACUCCCUCGCCGUCUACAUCCUCGGCCGCCUCACCCUCCGCGGCGGCAGCGGCAACAACCACCUGGCCCUCUUCUGGGCGCCAUUCCUGCUGCUCCAUCUCGGCGGGCAAGAGACCAUGACAGCCUUCUCCAUGGAGGACAACGCGCUGUGGAAGCGCCACCUUCUCAGCCUCGUCACGCAGGUGCCCAUGGCCACCUACGUCGUCAGCAAGCAGCUCAGAGUAGACAAUGAUGCCGAUCAGUGGCUCGUGGCGCCCAUGGUGCUCGUGUUCGUUGCCGGGACGGGGAAGUACGCCGAAAGGAUUUGGGCACUCCGGAGAGCUGGCUCAGUGGCGCCUGGAACGAGCCGCUCUACCUCAAAACUCGUUUCCCGUGCGUCCAACGAUGCUGUCUGGGACACACAGGGGUUCUACGGUCAGCUGCGCUUUGUGAUUUCCAAGAAGCAGGAGAGGAAUUUCGAGGUCAUCCUAGAUGUGGCAGCUCAGGCCUUCAAACUGAGCCUCCACUUUCUCAUGGACAUGACCCCUUCAAUCUCUCUGCUUCCUGAAGAUGCCAAGGACAUCAAGCAGGCCGUAGAGGUCUUGCAAUCUUCAGAGGACAGAGUCCACAUGGCGUACAAGCUGGCUGAGAUCAACCUCUCCUUGAUCUAUGACUAUUUGUACACAAAGUUUGGCACGCGCCAUUUCCACAUGCUCCCGUUCUGUAACGUCUUCCACCGGAUCGUCGCUCUUGUGCUGCCAUCGGUGGCGCUUGGGUUGUUCGUGAGGGGGAUGACGACCGGUGGUCGAAAGGGGCAUGUCCAUGACACAGAUGACGUCAUCAUAUGUUACAUGCUGCUUGUCGGGGCCGUCGUAUUGGAGACAUGCUCAAUCUUCAUGUCAUUUAUCUCUUCAUGCUGGGCAUACAAGACCAUCAUUUCGUGUUCGCUAACAUGCCCGCUGUGCCGAGAUAUUCCCGGCGCAAUCGCGGGGCUGCUCUGGGUAGCCAGGCGUCUCCAUCCAGGAAACAAAGGAGAGUGGUCGGCGAAAAUGGCACAGUACAACAUGAUCCGAGGAUGCAUCAAGGAGAAACAAGACACUGGCUUGUUGCGGCGGGCCAUGCGUUGGGUUGGUAUCAUCGGUGAGCCCCGGGCCAUCACGCAUACCAGCGUCUCUCCUGAGCUCAAGAAGCUCAUCCUUGAUAAAUUGCUGGACAUAGCAGCCACCCCACGCGUGCAGGAAUGGGACAUUGGAGUUGGCAAGUUCCGUGGCCAGUGGGCGCAAUGGGUGGUUGAGACGAAGCAAGACCGGGCAAAUCAUGAUCAGGUGUUGCAGAUCUGUAACAUCCAAGGUUUGGAGUUCGUGUCGAGUGUGCUUCUCUGGCACGUUGUGACGGACAUAUGCUUGCUCGCCACCGACGAUGUUGCCGUAGACGGCGACGACGAGGAGCGCUUAGAAGACGGCGGUUCAUCCCACCAUGAGGAUGUACAAGGCAGCUUGUCGGAGCUGAGAGGCCCUAUCAGAGAGCUGUCAGACUACGUCAUGUACCUCGUUGCAGAUUGCGGCGCCAUGGCCGGCAGUGAAGGUCAUUACGUGGUGACUAAGGGCCAGAAAGAGGUGUCACGCUGGCUGCUUGAGAAGCACGGAGGAGGAUCUGAUGAUCGUAAGAAGGUGAUCGAGGAGAUUCGUGACGAGGACAGCUCCUUCUUCCACGAAAACUACUACCCCGUGCUGGAUCGAGCUCGCCGGGUCGCCUCGGACCUGCUUCAGGUUGGAGAAGCGGGCGAUCGUUGGGAGCUCAUCUCCGCGGUGUGGUUAGAGAUGCUUUGUUACGUUGCGUACAACUGUGGGGCUGCGUUCCACGCCAAGCAUCUGGCCACCGGUGGCGAGUUUGUCACGCAUAUCAAGAUGCUUCUGUUUAUGGUAGGCGUGCCUUUUCUGAGGGAUGUGAAAGAAUCCUUGUUUCCUGAAGCUGGGAAUAUCUAUUCAUAACGUUUUUAAUUUCUGUGAUUUUUCGACUUUCCAAUUUGAUCUUUAUCCAGGGGACUCCAUAUUUUGGACUGUACGAGUUAAUUUCCUAUUUGAACUUUUACUCCA